AGUCUGAGCCCGAGGCGACGCAAGCCGAGCGGGAGCCGGAGGCUGCCGAGGGUCCCUGCGUCGCCGCCUCCGCGCCGCCCCUUUGCCCUGUCUGCGGGUGCCAACCCGCAGCUGGCCGGUGGGCAGCGGGCGCCAUGGCCGCGCCAGAGCCGCUGCGGCCGCGCCUGUGCCGCCUGGUGCGCGGCGAGCAGGGCUACGGUUUCCACCUGCACGGCGAGAAGGGCCGUCGUGGGCAGUUCAUCCGGCGCGUGGAGCCGGGCUCCCCCGCCGAGGCGGCCGCGCUGCGCGCCGGAGACCGCCUGGUUGAGGUCAACGGCGUCAACGUGGAGGGCGAGACGCACCACCAGGUGGUGCAGAGGAUCAGGGCUGUGGAGGGGCAGACGCAGCUGCUGGUGGUGGAUAAGGAAACUGAUGAGGAGCUGCACCGGCGGCAGCUGACCUGCACUGAGGAGAUGGCCCAGCGGGGGCUCCCGCCUAUGCAUGACCCCUGGGAGCCCAAGUCGGACUGGGCACGUGUGGUCAGCGUUGGCUCUGAUGCUGGCAAGAAGGAUGUCAAUGGCCCCCCACAGGAGCUACGCCCUAGGCUCUGCCAUCUGCGAAAGGGACCUCAGGGCUAUGGGUUCAACCUGCACAGUGACAAGUCCCGGCCUGGCCAAUACAUACGCUCUGUGGACCCAGGCUCACCUGCUGCCCAUUCUGGCCUCCGUGCUCAGGACCGACUCAUUGAGGUGAAUGGGCAGAAUGUAGAGGGGCUACGCCAUGCUGAGGUUGUUGCCAGCAUCAAAGCACAGGAGGACGAGGCCCGGCUGCUGGUGGUAGACCCUGAGACGGACAAGCAUUUCAAGCGGCUUCGGGUCACACCCACCUCAGAGCAUGUGGAAGGUCCACUGCCGUCACUAGUCACCAAUGGGACCAGCCCUGCCCAGUUCAACGGUGGCUCAGCGUGCUCAUCCCGAAGUGACCUGCCUGGCUCGGACAAGGAUGCCGAGGAUGGCAGUACCUGGAAGCGAGACCCAUUCCAGGAGAGCGGUCUUCACCUGAGCCCUACAGCAGCCGAGGCCAAGGAGAAGGCUCGAGCCACACGCAUCAACAAGCGGGCGCCACAGAUGGACUGGAACCGCAAGCGUGAGAUCUUCAGCAACUUCUGAGUCCUUCCUGGUUGUUCACUGGGCCCCACCCAGAGCCCCCUAAGCCUCACUGGGCUGGAGGGUGGUCCUACCACCUCCCAGAAACCAACCCGUGCCCCAGUAAGCCCUCGUCCUGCC